AUCUCCAGACAGCUUGGCUCCGCGCCCUUUUUCGCACAAAAACAAUUCUCGAGACUGCAAUUUCUAAGCGCAAAAGUUUUCCACCCUUUUUUUGAUAAAAAUAUGGACUUCGAAGACAAGAUUCUGGAAGAGAAUUUCAUGGAAAUUGGUUCAAAACUGUGCUCUUUGCUGGAAUCCAAUGAGAACUCGACGGAGCUGGAGCCGGAGCCUCGUGCUGGAAAUUCCUCGGGGAGCACCUCGCACAUCGUGCUGGCCGAACUGCAAGCUAAUUUAAAAAACUUGAAUUUGGAAAAUGCUCCUCACUUUGAGUUCCACGGCUACGGGUGCCUCGCUUUGACCAAGAGGACCCGCGACACCGAGGAGCCAAUUAUGAACGGGUGCUAUCGAAAGAAGUCAAGGUCGGUGUCGUGGUCGGGUGCUGCCACUUCUGGUCAGUGGCAGCAGCAUAGCCAACAGCAGCGGCAGCAGCAGCUGCAAAGGGAGACUCAAUUCAAUGUGGCCCAACUGACUCCGAUGAUGCGUUCCAUUGGCCUACGUGGCGAUUGCGUGGAGCGCAAUGCCGUUGUUCGUGUGAUGAAUCUUUUUAAAUCGCUGCAUGACCACAUGAACCAGGACCUGGGCUUCGGGCCCGAAAACUCAUUUCCAUCGGACUAUCUGUUUGAUCUGCCCAAGAAGCGCACCAUGCCCUAUAGCCUGAAUCUGCGCUAUCAGGUGGAGGUGCUGUGCAGCAAGGCGGAUCGUUUUCUGGCCUGCCAGCGGCGCAUGCUGGAGGCCAAUCGCCACUUUGACUAUGUAAAGUACUCGGAGGGCGACAAACUUAUCAAGGGAUCGUUAAAUUUCCUAAGGUUGUUUAAGCAGUUCUCCAAAUCCACGUUGCGCCAUCGCAAUGGCAAGUUCUUGGGACCUGCAGCCAUUUCUAAUGCCCAAAAGCUGGAGGACUCGCUCAUAAAUCUGCGAGAGUGGCUGCGCUCGGCCUUUCUCUGCGUGUAUGUGUUUAACUGGGAAAUGGAUCAUGAGCAUCGCUAUUCGGCCGCCAUGACCCAAAACUACAAUGCACUCAUGAACAAGGCAAUGGAUUUGGCUGCCACUGAGCUGAAGGCGGCCCAACCCAAGCAGCUUAGCCCAGAGGAGCAGCUAAUCGCCCAUCGUUAUAAGCUGCAUAAUGUCGUCAUGUGUGCAGCAGAGAAUGACGACUUCCUGUCGGCACUCCUCAGCAAUCCAGACAUCUACUUUCCACCGGAAGUUCGGGCCAUGUGCGAUCCCCCAGAAGACGCUGCUAAAGCUGAAGCUGAGCCCGAAGUUCCAAUGGGAGGUAUUGAUUUGCUGGACAUUAGCGAUUUGCUGGAGCCCUCAUCGCCACCAAAGCGUCAUACUGCAACACGUCGCUUUAAACCCUUGUGCUUCCGCAGCUAAAGGAAAGAAGAGAAGAAAUAUCAAGAGCAUAAAGCAACGAUAAUCAAAAGUAAGAAGAUAUAGCUUUAUAAUUUACACAUGGAGGGUACACCAACGAUGAAUGUUUUUCAAUCAAAGCCCAGAAGAAUUUGGCAAAAUCUGCUUUUACAUGUCCAUUUGUAAGCACUAAAAGAUAGAAUUUUUGUAAAAGCGUUUAAUUUUUAAUUUGUUUGUAGUUUUGUAAGCAGACACAACCCUUUGAUUGUAUUUGUCAACUGAAUGUACUUCCUA